ACCACCGCAACAAGAGAACAAACAAACAAAAAAAAAAACAAAGAGAAAAAACGAUGAGGAGCAGCUUAGUGAGAGAGGUGAGGCUGAACAACGGCACGAGAAUGCCGGUCAUCGGCCUCGGCACCUACUCCUACCAGAACGACUCCUACACCACCCAACAGGCCAUCCAUCUCGCCCUUCAGAUGGGUUACCGCCAUUUCGACACGGCCAAGAUAUACGGAUCCGAGCCUGCCGUCGGUGCCGCACUCGCCGACGCGUUCCACCAGGGGAAAGUCGCGAGGGAGGACGUCUUCGUCACUUCCAAACUCUGGGGCAGCGACCACCACGACCCUGUCUCCGCCCUCCGCCGCACUCUCAAGAAUUUGAGGAUGGAGUAUCUGGACCUGUACUUGGUCCACUGGCCAGUGAAGCUCAAGCCUUGGGCCUGCAACCCAAUGCCCGAAGAGAGCGAGUUCGAGGAUUUGGACCUGGAGUCCACUUGGGCCGGAAUGGAGCAGUGCAUCGAAUUGGGCCUCUGCCGCAGCAUCGGCGUCAGCAACUUCUCCACGGCCAAAAUCGAAGCCUUGCUCGAUUUUGCCUCCAUCCCUCCUGCUGUUAACCAGGUGGAAAUGCACCCGAUGUGGAGGCAAAGCAGGCUGAGGGAAGUGUGCGGGGAGCACAAGAUCCACGUGAGCGCCUACUCACCGCUGGGCGGGCCUGGAAACGCAUGGGGAUCCACGGCGGUAGUGGAAAGCCCAAUAGUCCAGUCCAUAGCCCACAAACACGGCGCCACCCCGGCCCAGGUCGCCCUUCAGUGGGGGCUCGCGAAGGGAGUCAGUGUGGUGGUGAAGAGCUUCAACCAGAGGAGGAUUAGAGAGAACAUGGAGGCGAUCAACCUGGAACUCGACGACGGAGACAUCGACGACAUCGACGGGCUGCAAGAGUGGAAGAUCAUGAGAGGAGAGUUCCUUGUCAAUGACACAACCAGCCCGUACAAGUCGCUCGAAGAGCUGUGGGAUUACGAGAUUUGAUGGUGUUACAGAACAAGUGGGGGCACCAUUACUGAUCUGUUUGUAUUCGAGUCGACUCAAGUACGUCUAGUUCGCGACUGAAAAGUCACAAUCCUUGGCAACAAUUUGUACACAAAACUACAUAUAUAGUCUUUGUUACUCCUCACUUGAUCAUAGUGAAAUCGGAACAUAUAGUGAUCCUUUCUUCCCGCCGAAAAAAAUUUAUCUUUGUUUUGCCUGCAGAGGCUGCAUAAGGUAUUAAACUACCACGUUUCACCGCUUCUCGCCCAACUGACAGCCCUUCUUGCACUUCAGGCUGUUGCCAAAUGGGUCCUUUCAGAGGGUAAUGGUCUCAAUUAGGUUUCCUUCCGGAGCAAGGUUUAAUUGCUUCGGAAGCCACCUGCAGCAAGACAUUCUUCUUCAACACUCUGCAUCGACUGCAAAACGUUCUUGUGAGAAGUGGCUUUGAAGUGAUAAAGAUCAAAAUCCUAA